UCGGAGGAAGGGCACUAUUGAACAAGACUGUGGUGGUACAUUCUAGAAUGGGAGAGAAACUAACAACAAGAAGUACAGUGAACCAGACGAUUAGAUAUUCUAAAAUCGAGUUCAUCUCUCAAGCAUGAUUCGAAAUUUGCUUUCAUUACAUCUUCGCGCCUGGCCUCGGAAAUAGGAGCUGGAGAACAUGCUGCAGCUCUUCGGACGAACUGUGAAGGAAAGCAUUUGAGGAAAGACGAUUGCAUCGACCAAGCGACUCGGUCAUGGCAACUGCAACUUCAGUGUGAUGCUGCUGUGAACGACUGUCCAAUGAUUGGCCAUACGUGAUUCUCCUCUGCGCACAUCGUGGCGAGUGUUUAGCUUCGACGAACGAUAUAAACUCCUUCCGCUUGUUCCUUCUGUGUCUUCAGAAUGCCUCGGUACUACUGCGAUUACUGUGAUACAUACUUAACGCAUGAUUCUCCUUCAGUGAGAAAGCAGCAUAAUGCCGGAUACAAGCACAAGGCCAAUGUACGAGCUUACUAUCAGCAGUUUGAAGAGCAGCAGACACAAAGUCUUAUUGACCAAAAGGUCAAGGAGCAUCUUGGACAGACCGCAGCUGUAUAUCAACAGGUCCAGAUGGGCGGUGCUUUUCACCAGCAUCUCACUGCCUUAGGCCAGUUCAAGCCUCCGAUUCCAUUGCCUGUACUACCAAUCCCAGUACCAGGCUCGAUUCCUGCUGCAUCCACUCAUUUGCCAUCUGUUCGCCUAUCCGCUCUACCUGUUCCAGCAGGUGUUCCUCAAUACAGACUGCCUCCUCCUCCGCCACCACCACCGAGACCUCCCGGACUGGCAGGUUCCAAUGUGAUUCAAGCAAAUGGGCUUCAAAUGGCCCCUAAUCUUCCUCCUCCUCCUCCACCUCCCACUACUCCUGCAGGGACUUCAAGUUCUCCCGGGGCUCCUGGAGUUCCUGGUGCUGCAGGAGGCAGACCCAACCCAUCCAUGGGCCCAAACGGACCCUCGGCUGCUCACAGCAAUGCAUCUCAUCAAUCAGGCAGUGUGUACAGAAACCAGAGCUAUAGUGCACCCCCGGGCACAACCUCAACAUCAUCGUUUCCGCAGCAACAAGCUGGCCCUCCCUCAUCUCAGCCCAACCAGCAGAGAGGUUUGCCACAAAAUUCCGGAUCCCAGAGUCCUUAUGGCUACGGCCCACCUCCGGGACCAUCUGCUUCAUUCAGGAAUUAGUGUAAUUAGUGAAAUGAGAUUAUCUGGCAUCAGGGACGUUGAUCGCUCUAUCCAAAUCACAUGGGUUCGAGGCCUUUCAACCAGUUGACAAUUUACUGUAUAGGGCGUCGGAGUGGAAUUGGCUUCAUGCGUAUUGUCAGUGGUCUAGUUCCACCUUGACUGAUCUUCCAUCUUCAUUGUCAAUCAUUCAAACCAUCUUCAUGAUUUGAUAUCUUCGACAGAUUCAGGUAUUAAAUAAAAUAAUUCAGGGUGCAAGUUAGACUAAGUCACCGAAGUUAAA